AUGUUUGCGCAACGGUUUGCCAACCGUUUAUUGGACUAUUUGCGUCGAAUUGAUGAUGACGACAAAGUUUCGUUGAUUUCGGAAAGCGGAGACCCGAAAACCAAGAGCGACCAGUCGAUUUCGGCCGAAGAUCAGUCGGUUACGACCGAGGACGAGGAUUCUGAAGAAGAAGAGUGGAAUGAAGCCGAAACCGAGGUUGAGAGCGUGGAAAGUGUUGAGCAUUUGGAAGGUGAUGACAGCACCGAUCAGUUGUUCACUGACAAAAUCAUCCUUCAGGUAUGAGUAAUAUAGCUUUGGAGGUGGUUUUGGGCGGGAUUUUAAGCUUAACUUUAGUUCUUUUCAUCAAAAAGAUAAAAAUUUUAAGGCUUAGUAUGAUAGGCCUAAAACGCCUUAUGUCCUUUAAUUCCACUUUUUUGAUUAAAAACAUCAAGCAAACCAAAAAAAAGGUCACUUUAGGCAUGUAGCGAUUGCUGCCUGACCCCAUCGGACAUUCUCCACAAGUUUCCUCGCAACAUGAUUCUACGUUACGAUGAUGGUGUAGUGAUUGCGAUCUUUGAGAAUUCGGAACAAGAAACGACCGAAAUUCAAAUUUAUCCGAAAAAAUCGGAAGAAAGUGAAGACGAAGCGGAAGAGAGCACGUUUGAAGAGACUGAUGAGGAUGAAUCCUGUUUUACUGGUAAGGUUAAAAGCAGAAAGGGAUGUAAACGGUAAAAAUUUUAAAAAAUUUCGUAUUUUUUGCAUGCAGAGUAUAAAAUCUAACCGCAGCCUGCGCGGGUCAAGCGAUGAAGCUAGGGCGCGCACUUUCAUUUUUCCUGCUUUUUUUUGACUGUCUCAAAAGGACUUCUUCAAGAUUUUGGUAAAAAACAACUUGUCUUACUCACUUUUAAUUUUUCAUACAAAAAUCCUGGGAUCUUGUGCUUUUAUCAUACGUUUUUUACCAAUUUCAUCUUGUUUCAGCCAUUUCUGAUCUCGAAUCGCUGGCCGAUGGAAAUGAAUGUGAAGGAGAAGGUGAAGAAGACGAGGAAACCUCACUGAACACCGAAUCGGAUGAAGGAUCGGUAUUUGAAGAGUUGAAUAAGCAUGAGCAACAUGAAUUGGAGCUAUUCGAUUACUAUCCCUAUCCGACCGACAUUGAGGACGACGAUUACUGCUCGAGAAUGUCUAAUUUUGUCCCUUAUCGUCUGCAUCCAAAGAAAAGUGAGUUUUUUGAUAUUUUUGUUGGGCUUUUAGGUUUGUUUGAGGUUUUGGAUGGAAAAUAGUGUAGUUACUGUAUGAAUUUGCAAAGAUUAUGGCAAUUAUAUUGAGGAAGACGCUAUAAUCACACGGAAUUACUUGAUUUUGUCGUAACUUUUUGGAAAAGAUGGUUAGAAACUUGAAAAUUAGAGAAUCUGUAGAUUGUUUUGUGAGCAACUAUUUUGCAAACAAAAGUUUUUAACUACUGCGGACUUUUGAUGUUAUAGUAGGUACGAACGUGUCAUCCUCAAUAUAAUCAAAAAAUCUGAUUAUAUUUCAAAAUCUUUAAAACCACUCAUAAAUUUAGCUUUUUGUGUUAAAUACGGUUUUACCAGUUUGUCUUUGCCGUUCUUUUAAAAAUUGUGAGGUUUAACAUAAAAAAUAUUUUAAGUCAAAGACGUGGAGAAAGCUGAUGUUUAUUACAUAGAUCUCCAAAUACACAAGGUUCCACGAUACGACAAGAUUAAGAAAAAGACUCUGUGGGUGGAUGAGUUCUUUAUCGAUCACAAGGACCCGAAAUUCACGGCUCAAACCUUUUCCGGAACUCGAUUCGGCUCAGUCAAGUUGAAAAAUCAUGCGGUAAGUUGGAGCUUGGAUAUUGAAAUGGGUAAAAUGACAUUUAAUCGUUGGAACACAAGCUGGUGAUCCUUCUGGGAAGCAGUAUAGGCAGGGGCUGUCUUAAUACAUAUUUUUUAAUUUUUUUUCUUUGACUACUAUAAUAUAACUUUUUUCGAUUUUAAAGUUAACCUACUUUAAUGUUACCCAAGCUCAAAACUUCCACUUUCAGCUUCAAUUCACCGACCGCGGAGCAGGCUUUUACCAUUUCACCAUGCCCUCAAUCGUCCCGACCCUACGUCUAAUGGCAAACGGCGCGUCGGCUUGGUCAUUGACGAAGAAUGAAACGGAAUCAGAAGAACAAGCACAAGAAAGUGAGAAUUCAGGAGAGGAAGAAGCGGAAGCGUGCAGCGCCUAA